GAUGACGGAGGCAUUUUCUCUUCUGUGAUUGGUGGAACUUGGUCAUGCCAAAGGUCACGUAUAUUUGGCGCUCUUCAUUCAUGACCACUCUGGCGCGUUUUUGAAAGCGCAGUAUAGGUCAAGAAACAUGUAUUUUGAAUUCCUGCUCAGCAAGCAGCUGUCCGCUUCACGCCAUGAACGUUGGCCCUGUUGUUCAUUCACACACACGGAGGAGUGAAUAAAAAAACAGGCUAGCAGACGGCCUUUCAGACAAGACGUCUCUGAAGUUGCAGCAAGUGAGCGGUUCAGCAUUACCGAUCUGUUCAAAUGAUGGCUGGUGUUGUGGCUAUGGCAUCUGUCAUUGAGGACUUUGACACCCAGCCUUGCAAGAAAUCUCGCAAAGAUGUUGCCAGUCCUGUUGGCAAGACUAUCACAAACUAUUUCUCUCCUGUGCCCAAGCCUGUGGAGAAGCCCUUUUCUCCUCCCCGAUCCAACAACAUAAUGAAUUACUUUAUCCGGAAGGCCCCCCCCUCUAAAGAAAAGACCAGCUCUCCAGAACAGUUGAAGGAGAACUAUCAGACAGCUCAGCCUGAUGAGAAACGCACCAGCCCAGAGGCAGCAGUGAAGCAGCCAUACCAGAAACGGAGUAGGAAGGUCAGCAAAACUGCAAGAAAACUUGUGGAGCCUGAAAUUGUUUGCUCCACAGAGAACCAGAGCUGCCUGAUUGUAGAGGAACCACAUGACAACAGAGACUUAGCGGCAGAAGCAGUCAGGAACUGUUACGUUUUUGGCAGUGAUACAGCAGCCCUGCCGGUUCAGAUUAGUCCUGAGGCUUGUGUCGCUGCAGAAAAAUUGGAGACAAAAGCCCCUAAUACUGUCAGUGAAAAAGAUGACCAUCACGAAGACAGAUCUGAAUGUGAGAACGAUGUCACACUUAAACCAGAACUGAACAGUAUUGAAUUAUCUCCAAUUGUACCUCCAAAAGAUAAAGUAAAACAGAUUAAAACCAUCGUACGAAUUUCUAGGAAGAAGCAGCAACAGGAGGUGAAGCAUUCAGAACCAGAGGAGAAAGAAAUUGAGAGCUCCCUGUGUGAUGUUAGUAUGGAAGUCAAUGUGGAUGAGGCCUCUCAGUUGAAUAGCACAGUCACAAUCUCCUUUGAGGAAUUUGUGCGGAGUCAGAGGCAGGACAGGGCUGAAGAAAACAUAGAAGAUGAACAGGGCAAGGAAGAUGAAAGUAAAACCACUUCAGAUGCAGAAAAAAUGAACGCUGACCAGUUGGACAUCCCUAAAGUUGAAGAAAAUGUAGCUUCUGGGCAUCUACCUCUUCAAGUCUCACCACGAACCGUCACCAUCCAGGCCGAAGUGCAUGUAGUUUCACCCAAACAAGAAAACAAGGCAGCUGGAAAGUUAGCUUCUAUCUUCAGUAGGAGGAAAGCGCUGAGCCCUGCAGAUAUAGUAUCAUCUUCUCCCAUAGAGGCUGGACGACAACUUCCUGCUUCCUCUCUGACAGUCAAGCGAAAAUCCAAUGUGGUUCUUCAAGAAGAAGAUCUAGAGCUGGCUGUGCUUGAGAGUGAAUCCAUUCCCAAGUCCAGUGAGGCAGAGAGGAAGCAGUUCAUGGCUGCCUUCAAACAGGCCAGUCUGGAUGGAUCCAAAACCAAGUCUGUUAAGUGUCAGGGAAAGGAGAAGCAGCCGGGAGAGAAGGUUUUGGAUGAUGCCGACAAAGUUGCUGAAGAGGACACUCAGGUUCCACCUUUGGUUGAGCAAGUCCCAGCUGCCACUCGGCAUAGCAAAGUAUCUAAAAAGAAACCGUUAAGAACAGGCAGGAAGAAAGCUAAGGAAGAAAAGGAGGCAGUCACCACCCCACCUGCUGCUGGUCCUGUGGAAGAAACUGCAGCCACAAUAGUUGAGGUUGAUAAUGAAAGAGAGGAGCCUCCAAUCACUUCAACUCCCUCCAUCCCCAUGGUGAGGAGAUCCAGGAGAGAGGCUGUAGUGAGACAAACACCUGAGGCCACCCCAACAGCUCCUGUCAAAAAAAACCGGAAACACAAUACUGCUGCUGCUUUACUGAAUGACAGCCCUGCAGAGAUGUCCACCCCAAAGAUACGCAAGUCCAAGCAUGGAGUCUUUGUAGCAGAGAUGGUGUGCCCCCCUGACACAAAGCAAAGCCCAAUCAGGAUUAAAUUUACUAGAGUCCACACAAAUGUUCCCCUGACCAAGGCUGAGAGUGGAAGUGGCAUAAACACACCUUUGGCUACUAAAACAUCAGAUAAUUCUAAAAAAAGGAAGCAGGCAAAGAGGUUGGUGGAGAAAGCAAGAGUGAUUCAGCAGAGUAAAAAAACUGCCGUUAAGGAGAGGAGCACCUUAAGGCGUUCGUCACGAGCUGAGGCUUCUGCCAGGAAGAGCUACUGUGAAGACGAGGAUUCUGUCAUCUGCUUGGAGGAGGACCUGACUGCACCAGGGAAGAGACCAGAGAAGUCUUUACGCAGUCUGAAUGAUGUUCUGGGAAAAGCCACACCUGUUGGUAAAGAGACCAAGACUGUCUCAGGCUCCAAAGUGGCUUCGCAGGGCCAAGAGAAAACAGCUCGGAGAACGUCGACAGUUGUUUCCAUCUUUGAUGAGAGCAGCCAUGAGGGCUCUGAAAAUUCCCAGGAUGAUGAGCAGUUCAGGGCACGAAGGGAGUUCUUGAAGAGCGGCCUGCCUGAGUCCUUUAGGAAACAGAUAGCCAAAACUGCUGCCACCAAGGAGGCGUACUCUCUCUCCUGUUCCUCCUUUCAACCAGUUAUACACAUGAAGCAGCCACCAAAAGAUUGCCCUCUUUGGAGUCUACAGUGGCCUGAGUCUCUGUUACUGUGUCAUCUGAAAGAGCUUUGGUGCCCAACAUCCCACCCACUUCCAUCUGUUAGUGGCUCCCUCUGCGUGAGGACAGAACCAGCCCAUAGAGCCUGUUAUGAACGGGGUUCUGGCUGGAGACCUGAGAUCUCUGAAAGCGUUCGUCAGCAUCUGAUGGAGGAGGUCAGCACAACCAACCCCUCAUUUCCUGUUCAGAUGUUCAUCACUCGCUUCCUGAACAGACGCACUGAUCACCUGCAGCAGUGCACAGCUGCAGAACUGGGGGCUGUAACCAGAGCCACAAGCUCUGCACUGCCAGCUGAACCAGUAGGAGGAAAGAGGAAGAGGAUGGAUGAUGAAGCGGAAAUGACCUUAAAGGAGGCUAAGAAGCAACGGGCCAAUUCCUCAGGAGAGAAAUUUGAGCCUGAGCCGACAAAAAAGGGAGGCCGUACAAGACGAACUCGGAGGUCCCGGCCGGAGGAUGAGGAGGCAGUGAAUGACAAAACCAAACCGUCAGUCAAAGCUGCCCCUGUCCCAUCUGAAGAGGACUCUGUGGUUGUACUUGUGGGAGAGGACACUGAAACAAAAGAUGUGGCGAAGGAGGAUGUGUUAUGGACGGAGAAAUAUCAGCCUCAGCAUUCCAGCGACAUCAUAGGCAACACUUCCUCAGUGAGGAGGCUGCACAGCUGGCUAAAAGAGUGGAAACUCCGUGCAGACCGAGAAGAGAGAAAAAAGCAGAAGGACAAGAAACGAGAGGAAGGAAGCAACGACUCAGACUGGGACUGCGGAGAAGAGGACUCCCAGGACGGAGAGGACAUGUUGUGUAAUACCAUGCUCAUCACAGGACCCACCGGAGUUGGAAAGACGGCUGCAGUCUAUGCUUGUGCCCAGGAGCUGGGCUUUAAGGUGUUUGAGGUGAAUGCUUCGUCUCAGCGAAGUGGUCGUCUUAUUCUGUCCCAGCUGAAGGAAGCCACUCAGUCUCACCAGGUGGACAGUCAGGGGGUCAACGCCCACAAACCCACCUACUUUAACAGCUAUGGCACAAGCAGCAGUGCUGGCACUCUCAGGCCUGGAUCCUCUCCCAGGAAGGUUAACUCUCCUCGUAGAGUUGUUUCCUCUCCCAGGAAACAUCCCCAGUCCCCCAGAGGUGCUAAAAAAGGAGGCCUGGCUCCUACCUCUUUGGCUAACUUCUUCAAAAUAGGUCGACCUACAAACAAAGAGACACUUAACACUAAGAAGAAUGAACAAACAGGUGUUUCCAAGAAAGUCAUAAAAGCAACUGAGUGUGCCACUAAGCAUAACGAGCCUGCAGUGAAAUCACCAGCAGCCACCACCCCAAAAGAGAAUAACAAGGAAGAGCAGAAGAAGACAGCCACCUCGCUUAUCCUGUUUGAAGAAGUGGAUGUUAUUUUUGAUGAUGACUCUGGCUUUCUAGCUGCCAUCAAGACGUUCAUGACCACUACCAAGAGACCAGUCAUCCUCACUACCAGCGACCCUGCUUUCAGCACCAUGUUUGAUGGCAACUUUGAAAACAUCCAUUUCAAAGCACCCUCCGUGUCGGAGGCAGGCAGCUUCCUGCAGCUGUUGUGUCUGGCGGAGGACAUGAGGACAGACCAACGGGACGUCAGCUCUUUGCUCAAACUGAACGGCUGUGACGUCAGGCAGAGUUUACUGCAGCUGCAGUUCUGGGCUCGCAGCGGAGGAAGCCGCUGCGCAACCACGCCAUUGACACACAAGAAACAAGGUAACAAUAAAGAAGCCGAAGUAAAGCCAGAGACUAAUGAAGAGGCAGCCGGCAUGUCAGUGUGUGCAGCGGCUGUCCCGUCUGCACUCCCUCCCUGUGACACCGGCUGCACUGAGAGCCUGCUGGGCCUGCUGAAUGUUGCACCUGAGAGAGACAUUUGGGAGCUGCUCAGGAGCUGUAACCCGCUGGAGGAGGCCUUGUGCUGGGAGGUGCUGACCAGCAGCAGGCGUCGAGGAGUGGACCUGCUGUAUUCCAACUUGGAGACACUCUUACCUCUACCACUCACACAGCUAAAUGCCUCCACCUACAAACCAGGGCAGACUGUUUCUAUAUCACAGGACCAUCCUUCUCUUAAUCCAAAAGAGCCUCCAUCCACCUGCUCGCAGUCUGACAUGCCGCCAUCCCACGCCAGGGUACAGCACACGGCAGAGUCAGAGGAUGGCUUGGAUGAUGGCAGUCCAAUAAAAAUGUCCAGCAGAAUGAGGAGUAGCAAGAGGCGGCAACGUCUACCUGACCAGGAUAGACUGCACUCUGACUCUGACUCAGAGGACAGUUUUCUAUCUCUCCGCAAGCCACAAGGUGCUGCCCAGGCAAAGGAGGAAGCGAAAGAGAGUUUACUUUCAGAGACUGUGAAGAGGAGGCCACUGACUCCUGAAGAGCGUCUAAAAAGUCUCCCAGUGUCCCACUGUCUAGAAUCACUAGCUGACUUUUUGGACAACAUGUCUUACAUGGACUCCACCUUUCCUGGUCAUCCUGAAGUGUGUGACGGUCACAGAAGCAUGUCGACAGUUUGUGCAGUGGUGAAGGAUGGGAUGAUAGAUGAGUCAAGGGUUGAAAUUGACAGGAGCUGGGUCAGAGGAGGGCAUGCCUUGGAGAUCCCAGCUGCUGUGGAGGCUCUGAGCUUCCGCAGGUGCCGGGCUUCAGUAGCGGAAGCCUGGGACGAAGCCCAACAGCUAGAAGGGGAACUGGGAAAGGAGGCUGCAGCCGAACUCACGCUCCCUGUGACCGCCCAUCAUAGUGGUUACAGUUUCACGAGGGAUGGCCCCUGUCAACCACAGCUGGUCCAACAGAGGAGAGAAGUGAUGGAGAGUCUGAUGUUCAGAGGAGCUUUUGGUACUCUGGGCAACAGACCAGCAGCUGCUCUGGACUACUUGCCAGCCCUACGCACCAUCUGCAGGUCUGAGAAGCUCAAGGAGCAGGGCAAGGUUAAGCGAAGGUUCCUGCACUACCUAGACGCGAUCCACCUGGGUCUUGAAAGGAGCACUCUACAGCACCUUGCUGAAGACUUUCCCUAAACCACAGAGAAGAUCCAACAUGUCCUCCAUUUUGGCUAUUGGAUUGUAAGGAGCACAUCUGUAGGCUGUGUUUUGGCACAGGGACCAACAGAAGGGCAACAGCACAGAUCAGUGUUGCCUUCAGCUUUUUUGUUAUCCAGACUUCGGCCUGAGGUGAAGUGGAUGUGCAUGUGCACAACGAUGGAAAUGACUCAAUCACUGAAAACAGAGAAGUCAUUCUCACACAAAUGGUGCUCAGCUCAGUGACCUCAUAUGUGCACAUCUUUUGGUGCUUUCAACAAAUGCACUAAAGGAUUACUACUUUAAUAUGAUUUUUGUUACAUUUAAGCUGUGCUGCAGUGUGUAUUUUUUGUACAGUAGUGUUUUUAUACUUUCAAACCUCAUUUACCAACUUGCUUUGCAUUUUGCAAAGUGUUUUUAUCAAGUAGAUGUUGCUUUUGAGGAGUAUGUCUGCUUCAUUGCUGAUUUGUAAGAGAUUAACAUGUAAAAUAGAAUUUGCUUCUGUAUUUGUAAAGGCUGUGUGUAAAUUGUCAUUCUCCACACAAAAUACUGUUGACACACCCAGGUUGUUGUUUUAAGUUCAUAAAAGGCAGACAGAUUUUGACAGAAAGUUGAAUGUCACCUUCACAUUCUUCACAAUUAUUUUUAUUUGUAAUUUGUAUUUGUUUCAGUCACAUUAUUCACAGUGGGUUUUGCUGUGACCAAAUAAAGGUUUACCACAACCAAA